GAGUGGACAUGUGAGGAGUAGCAUGCUUUGGACACGUCUGAAGAACCCAGCAACAAAAUUGUUCGCUCUCCUGCUGCUCCUGGUGGUCCAAUCCUCAAAUUCAGCAAGCAGCAGGAACCAGCAGUGUGGAAGUUCUCUGCAGCAGACCCUGAAGCUGACCAGACUCAUCCAGAAGGAAUCUGUGGAGCUCAUCAAAACAUACAAAGCCUCCCAAGGAGACAUGUCCCACCUCUUCUGCAAGGUGUCCAUCCCUGAUGUUCCUGAGCCCAACAUCUCCGGCUUGGAGCCCUCAGAGAAGAUGCAAAGCAUCCUCCAGCACCUACAGGCCUUCUCCUCUCACCUGAAACGGGUCUACGAGCAGCAGACAGACCUUCAGGAUCCCCGUAGUUUGCUUCUUGUCCAGCUGGGAAUCGUGGGCACAAACAGCAGGAACCUGCAGGCGCUCAUGCAAGCCUUCUACAAAAACAUCUUCCCAAACCUCCAGGAUUGGUCGGCGGGGGCUCCGACCUCCUUGCCCCCGCCGCAGAACAUCUUCCAGCAGAAGGUUUACGGAUGUGUAGUGUUGAAGACCUACAAGGAGUUCUUACUGAAUGUCAGCAGGGAAUUGAGGACCAUCAAAGGCCGAGUGUGCAGAGGGAGAAGGAAUUUACUGUGAGACUUAAGAGGAACUGUGAGUACAAGACGGUGCCUCAGCUUAUUUAU